AUGAAGUUCUCCGAGGAGAAAAAAAUUCGUGUAGUUUUUAAUGCUUCUGCUGCUACCUCCUCUGGUCUGUCACUAAAUCAUAUUCUUCACUCUGGACCAAAACUACACAACGACAUUCCUGCCAUCAUCAUGGGCUUCCGCCAACACCGCAUUGUGUUUACAUGUGACAUUCGUCAAAUGUUUAGAAAUAUUUGGAUUCAUCCAGAGGAUCGUAAUUUCCAAUUGAUUUACUGGCGAUAUGAUGUAUCACAGCCUAUACAAGUAUACAAGCUUACUACUGUCACAUAUGGCAUGGCUUCUUCGCCUUUUUUGGCAAAUCGGGUCGUGCAACAGCUUAUCGCUGAUGAAAGUUCAAACCACCCUCUAGCAGCCAAUGCUCUUCGUAGUCAAAUCUAUGUCGAUGAUGCUUUACUUGGAGCAAAUACCGAAGAAGAGGCUCUAGCGUUGCAGGAUGAUGUAAUUAGGUUAAUGUCUAAAGGUGGCUUUCAACUCAGAAAAUGGAUUUCUAACUGUCAGAACAUACUAAAUGCAAUACCAUCAGAUCACCAUGGCGUACCUCUACAGUUCUUUUCAGAGAAAGAAUCAUCAUGCAAUGUUUUAGGCAUAAAAUGGCUUCCAGAAAUUGAUUCAUUUUCGUACACUGUUACAAUUCCAAAUCUACCGCUAACCAAAAGAGCAGUUCUUUCUGCUAUCGCUCAACUAUUUGAUCCAAUGGGUUGGAUCACUCCACCUUUGUUUUGGGCUAAAGCUUUCAUGCAAGUCUUAUGGACUAAAGGAUUGAAAUGGGAUGAUCCAUUACCAAGUGAAUUAUCUUCACAGUGGAUUUCAUUUCUGAGGGAGCUACCCUCGAUUGCAGAGAUACAAAUACCUAGGCAUGUAGAUACUUACCAAGCAAAAAAUAUCCAAAUUCAUGGUUUUUGUGAUGCUAGCGAAUCAGGAUAUUGCGCCUCAGUGAUUCUUAGAGUUGAAAAGGAGGACCACGGAGUUACAACCAAUUUGUUGAUAGCAAAGUCUCGUGUUGCACCGCUAAAGCGUUUAUCUCUACCACGCUUGGAACUUUGUGGAGCUCAUCUCCUCUCCAAACUAAUCCAAUAUUGUGUCUCUUGUCUUAGUACAUACUUAACGAUCAAUGAAGUGUUCGUUUGGAGUGACUCAACUAUCACUUUAUCAUGGAUACAUACUCCUGCCUAUCGCCUCAAAACCUUUGUCUCCAAUCGUGUGGCAGAAAUUCAAGAAACUUCUACCCCAAUUGUGUGGUCUCACAUCACCUCAGAACAGAACCCAGCUGAUUGUGGAUCUAGAGGACUCCUCCCUUCGCUAUUGGCCAACCACCCACUUUGGUGGACAGGACCUGACUGGCUCAAGCUCUCUCAAUCACUCUGGCCCACUACAUCAUUCAAGUUGUCAUGUUCACAUUCACUUCCAGAUAUAAAACCUGUGCAACCAACUGCACUGCAAACUACAACAUUACCUCAGUUGGAACUUCUUACAAGAUUUUCUUCAUGGAAAAAGCUGAGACAUGUAACUGCAUAUGUUCUACGCUUCAUCAACCGCUGCCGAACUAAGAUCUCCUUGAAAUAUUUCAAGCCAGAAUCGUCUACUCUACAAGAUGUUCCAUUAACUACUUCUUCAAGACUUUCACUGCAAGAAAUCAACAAAGCUACAGUUUACAUUCUACAUCUAGUACAACAAGAAUCCUUCUCAAACGAAAUUUCUGCUCUUCAAAAAGGCCAGACUCCUUCAUUACCUCUUCAGCGUCUUUUGCCAUUCCUGGACAAAGAUGGUCUUCUCAGAGUUGGUGGACGACUGUCUAAUGCCUAUUUAAACUUCAACUCCAAGCAUCCUAUACUGUUGCCUAAACAGCACUUCGUCACAAAUCUGAUCAUAGACUACUACCACAUUCUCUUCCUGCAUUGUGGACCUCAAUCACUACAAUCCCUCAUCUCUCAAAGGUAUUGGAUUUUAUCCGCAAGAAGCAAGAUAAGGAACAGAAUUUUCCGCUGUCUACGGUGCUACCGCAUCAAACCGAAGGUCACUGCGCCCCUAAUGGCUGACCUACCCGCAUCCAGAGUUCUACCUUCAAGAGCCUUUGAAUCUUCAGCUGUCGACUUCGCAGGUCCCUUCAACGUCAAGCUUUACCCUGUUCGCAGAUUACAACACAUCAAAGUCUACCUCUGCCUUUUCAUUUGCAUGACAACAAAGGCCAUCCACCUAGAAGUUGUGACAGAUUUGACAGCCGAUGCUUUUUUGGCCUCAUUGACUCGGUUCAUUUCCCGUCGAGGACUAGUACAAAUUUUGUCGGUGCUGCUCGACAACUCCGGAAAACGAUAG